AUGGAACACGGCAAUCCAAUAUCUUCCUCAUCAGCUGAACUCAGUCCUGCCACUGGUCGUGACAACAGUGACUCCUCAGAGGCGCUGUUAGUAGAAGGUCGUUAUAAUAGUCUAGAUGGUGUAGCAUCGUCAUCGUCAGCUUCCAUCAAAACCCCUGGUGUUUGCCACGAAGAAACGUUCAACAAUAAACCCGACAAAAAUUCCCUCGCCUCGACUUCCAAAGCGUGGACUUCCUGGGACCAGCCACCGGUUUCUUUACGCAUCUCAACACUUGACGAUUCGCACAUCAACCCGUCACCCCAACAACUGUUUGCGCUCUCAACUCGAAUACCAAGCGCUCGAUUUGAGAACCCAAAGGUUUUCUUCCACAGUGUUACAUUUGAAGAUUACGUACUUGCACAUGGGCGCUCUGACCAAGAUCUUGCUUCUCGUGAAGCGUACGACCGGUUAGGGAAUUGUUUGGAGGUCCAACUUUUAAAAACCAAGAUGGGACAUAGCUCCAGCAUAUACAAGGUUCUCCGAACUGCCACACCCACUUUUCUACAGAUGGUCUAUGCUGAUCCCAAGCUCUGGUCGGAGUCUCGAGAUCUCACAUCCAUUCCUUUGGGGCAAAUCGUCACCUCAACUCACCACGCGCUCUCACAUUUUGCACUAACAGACUCUCUAUCUGCAAUGGCGUUUGGGCUACCCCAACAAGUAGAAUACGAUACUAUUGAUUAUAUUCCUACGAGCUGCCCGGUGCCUUUUGAGUGGGGCCACAGCACACCCGCCAUAUUCCAGGUGUUGCUCGCUGAUAUCAAUGCGUGCCGCGACAAACAGCUUGGGGCCCGAACUUGGAAGGACCUCGAGCAACAACUCUUAGCCUGGGAAGCACAGUCAGACUACUAUAAUGCAUCUUGGGAAACUUGGAUGAUAAGCGCGUGGUUUGCGGUGCAAGAGAGCUGGAGACUCGCACUGUUGGUCUACUUGUAUAUGGCGGUGUGCGGUAGACCAUCAGAUGACGGAGAAGUUCAAGUAUGCACGCAACAAAUAUUUGAAGUAAUCAGCAUGGUGAAGCAACCAGUGUCUUCGAAAGUAAGCGUACCUUUAUUUGUUCAAUAUCUGAUGGCCGGGAUAUGUGCCCAGAGUGAGAGUCAAAGAACACUCGCACGGAAUCGAUUGUCUACUGUUUCAGAAACAAGACUCUGGUUGAUGCGUGGAAGGGAUUUUGUUCCAGUGCUCGAACAUUUGUGGCAGGGCGUGGCUGCCAAUGGUCAACCAGUUAGAUGGAGUGACUAUCUUGCUUCUCGUGAAGCCGUGCUUCCAGUCGCACCUUAG